GUUCAGUUUCAGUUCGUGAGUGCUCGACAAAGCAGUCAUUCAGCUUUCCAACAGGCCUCUCUCAGGCAAAUUGCAACUUAUAUAGUUUUUUAUUGAGAAAGCAUUGUCUUGUGCAUUCGGUGUCACAGAAAUAAAUUAAUUUGUGUGAAAAAAAAAGAACUUUUCAACAAAAAAAAACUAUUAUAAUAAAAGCCAGCAAUAUGGAAUACAGUUUAUACAACCUGUGAGGUUAUGCGAAUUUUAUUAAAUGUAAAACGGAUAUUAGACCGAAAGGAAUAAUUGUGAUACUAUCUUAUUAAUAAAAAUAAUUUUGAUAAGAAUAAAAUACUACAUGCCGGUAGUACGAAAUUAGUGGCGGCAGAACACAGCAUUAAAACAAAAAUGACUUGUGAUUUAAGAGGAAUUCUCAAUGUUGCGCAAAUCAAGGCCCUCUUAUGGAAAAAUUUUCUCGUCCGAAUACGACAACCGUUGAUGACUAUAGUGCAAUACGUGUGGCCAUGUCUUGUAUUUCUGUCCCUAUAUACAGUACGUACCCGAUUUGAACCCACUCAAGUGGACCCAUGCCAAUUUCCCACAAGGCAACUACCGUCAGAUGAUCAACUCCUACAUUCGCUGCAUUCCUACAUUUGUACCUUUGAAAAUGAAUGCCUACCUGUGGAGGAAUAUCAGGAAAUUUCAACUUUCCCAAAUGCUCCAAUAACACCAGCAGUCAACAUCAUUCAGACGUUUCUCAAUGAGGAAUCACUUUUUGAUGCAGUGAUUGGUUUAUCGGAAAAGUUAGAAUUCAUUCCAGCAAUAAUAGCAAUUGCGACAAAUGGCAAAUUUUCCGUUUUGGAAGAAAAUAUAAAAGUAAUCAUGCAGAGACUUCCUGAAUUUGAAAACCUGCUUGGAACAUCUUUCGAUGUAAAGAAAUUAUUCUCAGAUAAUACAAUGCUAUCUGAAUCCGGAAAGAUUAUAUGUGGAAAAGCCUUUCCGCGUGCCGACAAUAUUCCACUUGUUGACCAAGUACUUGCAUCGGAAGACUUUAGUGAGGAAGAUCGUGAUGAAAUUGAUGCUAUGCCGACCCCCUUUUGCAAACAACUGUACAAGGAUGUAACACAGACGAAUUAUGGAAAAAUAACGUGGACCUACUUAAAGCCAAUAAUCCAAGGAAAAAUUCUCUAUGCACCUGUAACACCUGGAAAUGAUGAAAUCAUUGAAAAUGCAAAUUCAACAUUCAGCGAUGCAGGACGUUUGAAGAAAUUCGCAAAGGCAAUUGAACACAUCCUAGUACAGGUGAAGACAAACGAUGAAGUCAGAGAUAAAUUCUUGAAGCUCCUCCAACUGACACAGUCGCCAUUUGUUCAAUCCAUUAUAAGUAGCGCUAAUUUAGAUCCAGCAGCCAUUGAGGGCAUUUUCAAUGGAAUCCUCUAUGAUAAUCGGAUUCUCGACACGGUUACGUUAAUUACAAAUGUCCUCGAUUGCUUCUCCGUGGAUAGAUUUGUGGGUGUUUCGUCGGAGAAGGAACUCGAAGAGGAAGCACUGAAACUUCAUCAGAAGAAACUCUUCUGGGCAGCUAUUUAUUUCCAGCACAAGAGUGAAAAGGAAUUUGGAUACAAGCUCCGAAUGACCGUUGAUGAUACACCAAAGACCAGUGAGAAGAGAAGUGGAUUCUGGUUCCCCGGUCCUGAGGGGAGUUUUGAGCUGGAUCUCAAGUAUCACAGGGGAUUCAUUCAACUUCAGCAAAAUCUCGAAUUGGGCAUUAUAAAGUCGCAGAAAAUGAUAACACCUCCCAAGAGUUCUGAAGACAAUGACGAUGAUUAUGAUGAUUUUGAUUCAGGACUACAACUAUCGGGAGAUGAUGAUGAUCUUAUUGAUGAUUUUGAACCGAAUACUAGCAGUGGGAAAGCAACAACGGCUGCACAAGAAAGCACAGCAGAACCAACGAUGAAAGGAGAUGAAAAUGCGGAGCUAACUGCAGAAACAACCACACAAGUUCCAACCACAGUGAUGGGCAAUGAAGAUGGUGAGAGUGCAUUGAAUCGAUCUAAGCGAGACAUGGGAGACAUAAUUGGGAUGAUGCUAGGUGAAGAGAAAGAAAUAUUCCAUGGAUACCAAAUAAAUACAGCGCAGUAUUAUACGAAACAAUUCCCCUAUCCAAAGUACACGAAUGAUCCCUUUAAGCGCAGCAUCUACAUGGCUAAUGCUCUGCAAAUUACAUUCUUCUUCGCCCUCAUUGUGAAUGUUGCAUUUAUCGUGCGUGAUCGUGUAUGGAUGAAGGAGAGUGGCAAUAGUUCCUUGAUGCGUGCAAUGGGACUCCUUAGGACAUCUGAAGACAUAACGUGGUUUAUGGUAUCCUAUGCUGAGCUAGGAUUCGUCCUAUUUGCAUCCAUUUUUAUCCUCUUCAGUGGCGGAAUAUUGAGUUCAACGGGAAAAAUUUUCUUAUUCUUCUUCCUAAUGAGCUAUGCUGCCUGUAUUAUGGCAUUCUGCUACAUGUGCUCAACAUUCUUCGCAUCAGCCAGCAUUGCGUGUGUUUCUUCCGUAAUCCUCUUCCUUGCAACCUUCCUCCCGUACGCUUUAAUUAUCUUCUUCGAUGCAACACUAUCAACAGGAUCACGAUUCAUUACGAAUUUAUCAUUUUCAACUGCAUUCUGCAAUGCAUGGCACUACAUACUGCGUCAGGAGAUCCAAUUUAAUCAUCUAUCCUUCCACAAUGCCUUCACGGGGAGCAUAUAUGAUAAUGAAUUGAAAUAUGGAUUUAUGAUGUUGAUUAUUGAUGGAUUAAUUUAUCUUGUUGUUGGAUUUAUCCUCGAACGAUUCUGGGAUAGUGAGAAUACAUUCUACGAUGUACCUCAUAAGAAUUUGGAUUCACAAACAGGAGCUGUUAUGACCAAAGUUUCCAAGUACUACGAUACCUCAAAGUUGGCUGUCUCAAGUGCAUCCAUUGUCUUCAAGAGAGACCAAAUAACAUGCUUAUUGGGAAGAAAUGGAGCAGGGAAGAGCACAAUAAUUAAAAUGCUAACUGGACAAAUUUUGCCAUCAUCGGGAGAGCUCUACAUUCAAACCAAUAGGAAACUCAAAGGGAAAAACAUUGGAUUAUGUUCGCAGCAUAAUGUAAUUAUUCCCCAACUAACUGCUAAGGAACAUUUAAGCCUCUAUGGUGCUAUUAAGAUAGGAAAAGAUUACCACGAGGAGGUUCGUCGUGUACUCAAUGUUCUCUCAUUGGGUAAAUAUGAGAGGUAUAUGAGUAGUUCUCUAUCUGGUGGGUACAAACGCCGUCUUUCCAUUGGAAUUGCUUUCCUCGGUUCCCCCAGCCUUGUUAUCUUGGAUGAACCAUGCUCAGCUGUUGAUGCAACAGCUCGCAAAAAUGUCUGGGAACUCGUGGAGAAGCUCAAGAAGGGUCGUGCAAUUGUCCUCGCAACGCACUACAUGGACGAAGCUGAGCAUCUUGCAGACAAUAUUGUUCUCAUGAAUAAUGGCAAAGUAAUGACUGAAACAUCCCCCAGUGCCGUUAAGGCAGAACUUACAAAAUCAUUCAACUUAAAAGCCACUUUGCCGCAAAAAGACGAAGUGAGUCGAUAUCAAGUUAUUGAAGAUUUGAAAGGUCUUAUCCAAAAUCAAGUCCCAAAUUGCACUUAUGACAUCCAAGGGAAUGAAAUUACCAUCGCAUUGCCCUACUACACGAACUCAAGUUUAAAUGAUCAUGAGCCACUUCUCAAGGCACUGGAGAAAUUUGAGAGUGAUGGUAAUAUUGAAAAAUUAACCGUCACCAGUAAAAAUUUGGAAGAUUUCUUCAGUGAAUACAAUUCCUCGCACAAUGGGCACUACAGCAAUGGAGGUCCACCUGUGAUUUUGGAUAAAAAAUCCAACCCACCAAUGGAGAAGAAAUACAAAAUUAAUGAAAAUCCAAAGCUAAGUAUAAUGGAAAUUGUGAGAAUUCUAUUUUGGAAAAGGAUCACCCACUUUAGGCGCAACUACCGUGCACUUAUUGGGAUUUUGCUGUUGCCAGCUGUUUUUGAAUUAAUUGCCGUGAGCUUUAUGAAACUAAGGCCAGCCGAUGAUUAUGACGUUGCUCUCAAAUUCACACCGGAAAUUUAUGAGAAAAGCACAGAAUUCUAUUCACUGGAAAAUGGUAGCAAUUUUACAUCGAAUAUUUAUGGAAGAGUAAUGGAACAUUGCAGUGGGAGUGAUAUUUGUGAGAUAUUUGACAAUUCCAAGGAAGCUUUCAAGUGGAUCAUUAAAACAAAUGAUGACUACAUCGAGAAGAGAUAUGGUGGAAAUACAUUCAAUGAAUCCAGAGCUGUUGUUUGGUACAACAACAAAGGGUACCACUCAAUGCCAGCUUUCUUAAAUCAAAUGAAUAAUGCUCUCCUAAAGGAAGAACUCAACGAUUCGGAUUAUUCCAUAGAGGCCAUAAAUCAUCCCUUUAAACUAGGUCAAGACAUCAGUGCAAGUUCUGUCAUUCAGCAAGUGUCCGAUGCAGCGAUUGCAUUGAUCUUACUUGUAGCGAUGAGCUUAGUUCUGGCCGGUGGAUCUGUGUUCAUUGUGAGUGAACGUAUAAGUGGGGAAAAGCUCCAGCAGAAACUUUGUGGUGUGACAAGGAAAAUUUAUUGGUCGGUAGCUUUUAGCUGGGACUUAAUUAUCUACGUGGGAGCGAUAGCAACGGCUGUGAUAAUUUUUAAAAUAUUUGCUUUGCCUAUAUUUGUGGCACGUUCCCAACUUUAUGGUUUUGCCAUGCUACUAUUCUUCUUUGGUUUCGCCAUGAUACCAUCAAUUCAUGUUGUGGAGAAAUUCUUCAACGAUGCAAGCUAUGCUAAUAUGACAAUUUUCUGCCUCAACAUAAUAGUUGCUCUAUCAACUCUGGCAAUUAUUCUCAUGUUUGACAUCAUUGGUGAAUCAGAGGAAAGUAAACAGAUACGAAAUUUCCUCAAUCGUGCAUUCCUCAUAUUCCCGCAGCAUGCACUUAGUGAUGGUUUACUUGAGCUCUGCAAGAACUACAUAGCAGCAUCAUUCUUCCGCAAAUUCGGCAUUGAUUCGUACAAAAGCCCAAUUGGAUCGGAUCUCCUUGCACCUCAUGUAUCAGUUCUUGCUGUGAUUGGUGUACUAGCAAUGAUAACUAACUACGUUAUCGAGAGUGGACUGUGGCGAACUAUCCUCGACAAGGUGUACCACGAGAAGAAUUUCAAUAAUGAACUCCAAAUCAUAUCAAUUCAGAAUACAAUGCAAAAAGAUACCAAAUCAACUAAGAAUACCAGUAAUUGCGUUGUGGUGGAGAAUCUUACAAAAUGCUACAAGAAGGGUGUUCUUGCUGUUAAUAAUGUUUCAUUUGAAGUUAAAACUGGUGAAUGCUUCGGGCUCUUGGGGGCAAAUGGUGCAGGAAAAUCCACAAUUUUCGGCAUCCUCUCCGGGCAAAUGAAGCAAACGUCGGGUAAUGUGGAAUUUAUGGACUGCAAUGGAAUCUCAUAUUGUCCCCAAAGUAAUGCUGUUGACUACCUUUUAACUGUACGAGAAGUGAUAUUAUUUUACGGGAAAUUACGUGUAAUUAAUGACUUGAAUAACUUGGUGGCAACAACCCUUGCAACAUAUCAUUUGGAACAAUAUGAAAAUAUUCUCGUUAAGAAUCUCAGUGGAGGAAAUAGAAGGAAAUUGAGUGUGGCUGUUACUUGCAUAGGCAACACUAGUCUUGUGUUGAUGGAUGAGCCAACUAGCGACAUGGAUCCCGUGACACGUACCCUGGUCUAUAAAUCCAUCGAAAAUCUUAUCAAUCAGAAUCGGUCUGUACUCCUAACAUCACACACAAUAUCAGAGAUCGACAAUGUGUGCCAUCGUAUUGCGAUAUUGAAAAAUGGCCAUCUUAUUUCAUCGGGAACUCCCAGUGAGCUCAAGAUGACAUGUGGCAAUAGCUAUGCGGUUACAAUUUUCUUUGACAAAGUGGAAAGUCUCACAAUUGAGAGGGAUCUCAAGCGUGAAUUUCCGAAUGUUGAAAAUCUCACGAUGCAUUGCCACACAUUACAAUUUAUUGUUCAAGUUAGAUCAAUGAAUAGUGCCCCAACUGAGGAAACACCAUGGCUCCUCAGUGAACUUUUUGCAAAGCUCCAUCGGUUUUGUGCUGACCGAAAUAUAUCUUAUACAGUAUCGCAGUGUCUUCUAGAUAGGGUAUUCGAGAGGAUCUUGAAUAGUGAAUCAUCAGCUUAUGUUAAUCAGGGGUUUGUUCAGAGUGAAACAGCAACGUAAUAUACGUACUAUCUGACGAGAUACGUUACCCACUUAAUUUCUAUAGUAUUGAUAGAAAUAGGUAUAUACAUAUUUGUAUAAAAAACUGGUGAUGUUCUUGGUGUGUUGAUUAGUUAUAAAUAUUAUAAUUCUAUUUUAUAGUAAUUUUCUUAAGUUUUAAAGUACAGAAAGUGUCAUUUUUUUUUCUUGAAAAUACAUAUCACAAUGUAAUUGGUAUUAAAUUGAACUCUGUACCUUAUGCGAAUCAAUGUUUGAUAAAAAAAAAUAUAUUUACCGUACACGAGGACCAACGACAUGUUACGUACAUAACAUAAUACUAAUGUAAUUAGUAUGAAAGUGUCUUACUUAUUUAUGGCAGAAUGUACCUAGUUUUAAUGUUUUUAUGUGUGUGACUUAAGUGAGUGGAGAAGAACUUUUAAGAAUCUUGUAAUUUUUGUUUUAUAGACAAAAAUAAAGUCAUUGGGUGCCAAAA